AUGGCGGCGGCGACGGCGGGCCGAGGGGUUCUGCUUGCGACCUGGGGCGGGAGACUGCGGCGUGUGCUCGCUGCCAGCAGACGGGCCUUGCCGGGCCCCGCGCCCUUGGCGGCGGCUGUGGCCGGAGUGGCCCUGACAGGAGCAGGAGUGAGCUGGUACAAGGGCCGCGUGAAUCUUGCGGCGUCUGAGGGCAACCUCACCGUUUUAGCACAGAGAAAUGUUGACUCUGAUGAGAUGGUAGGAAAAUUGUCUCUUCGAAAACAGCGCUUCAUGCAGUUUUCUUCAUUGGAACAUGAAGGAGAGUAUUAUAUGACACCAAGAGACUUCCUCUUUUCCGUAAUGUUUGAGCAAAUGGAACGUAAAACUUCAGUCAAGAAGCUGACGAAAAAGGAUAUCGAGGAUGCAUUGGCAGGAAUCCAAAAAGCUGGUUGGGGACCAACCUUUUUUAGAGACCUUGGUGAUAAAGGACUAAUUUCAUAUACUGAGUAUCUUUUCUUGCUUACAAUUCUCACUAAACCCCACACUGGGUUUCAUGUUGCUUUUAAAAUGCUGGAUUCAGAUGGCAAUGAGAAGGUUGAGAAAAAGGAAUUUUUUAAGCUGCAGAAGAUCAUAAGUAAACAAGAUGACUUGAAGACAACUGUAACUAAUGAAACAGAAUGCCAGGAACGAAAAUUGAAAGAACCUGAAGUUAACACAACUCUUCAGAUACGUUUCUUUGGAAAAAGAGGAGAAAAAAAACUUCAUUAUAAAGAGUUUCGGAGAUUUAUGGAAAAUCUACAAACAGAAGUCCAAGAAAUGGAAUUCCUUCAAUUUUCUAGAGGUUUAAGCUUCAUGAGAAAAGAAGACUUUGCAGAAUGGCUCCUUUUUUUCACUAACACUGGAAAUAAAGACAUUUAUUGGAAAAAUGUGAGAGAGAAGUUAUCAGCAGGAGAGAGCAUUAGUUUAGAUGAGUUCAAAUCAUUUUGCCAUUUUACGACCCACUUGGAAGACUUUGCUAUUGCCAUGCAAAUGUUUAGUUUAGCUCAUCGCCCUGUCAGACUGGCGGAGUUUAGGAGGGCUGUGAAAGUAGCAACAGGACAGGAGCUCUCUGACAAUAUCUUGGACAGUGUCUUCAAGAUCUUUGAUGUGGAUGGUGAUGAAUGUCUUAGUCAUGGAGAGUUUCUUGGGGUGUUAAAAAACAGGAUGCAUCGAGGUUUAUGGGUACCACAACAACUAAGUGUACAAGAAUACUGGAAGUGUGUGAAAAAAGAAAGCAUUAAAGGAGUAAAAGAAGUCUGGAAACAAGCUGGAAAAAGUCAUUUUUAAAAAAGAUUUAAGUUGGGAAUUCUAUUACUCCAAAUGUUAGAAUUUGGAUUUUUUUUUUUUUUUAAGUGCUAAGUGUUUAUCUUCAGUCUUCAUUGAUUUUCCUUGUAAUAUAAAGAUGCCUUGUACUUGCUUUCUGAAUCAAUAAUUUCUUGAUAUUAAUAAGGUUUUAUUACAGAACUUAUUGAAAAGAACAAGUAUUCUUUUACGAAAACAGACAUUAGAUUCUGUCAGAGGGUCUAAGAUUGAAGUAAUGUUUUGUAUUUUAAUAAGCUAGAAAACCUAAUUAUUCAUUGAUUUCUUAAAAUAGCAUGAUAUGGUCUCUGGAGGGGUAAACAAAUACAGAAAAGAAGUACUUGGUACAUAAGGCCAGUAUCAAUUCUGGAAGUCCCAAUGUUCCUAAUCUUGCAAAUUAAGUUAAAAACUCAUUUCAGAUUUUCUAAUCUGUCUCUUAUAUCUCUUACAAAUGUAUAUUUUAUUUCAGUAACCUGAAAUGUGUAUUAGUUGUCUUAAAAAUAACAUGUAAAUUUUAAUAUUCUAUCUGGAAACAGAAUAAAGGAUUUACAUAGAUACAAAAAUUA